CGGGGCGCGCGGCCAGGGGGACUCCAUGGGGGCGAGGGGCGCGCGAGUGGCCCUGUGCGGUAUCGCGCUGCUCUGCGCACUGGGCCUGGGCCAGCGCCCCCUCGGCGAUCUGAGAUGCAGCCCUGGCCAAGUUCUGCAUGGGACGGGGACACAGGCACGCUGCUGCCGCUGCUCCCCAGAUGAGGGGACCUGUCCUGAGCCGGACUGUCAGUGUAUCCAACCCGAGUUCCACUGUGGAGAUCCACAGUGUAAGAGCUGCAAGUACUACUCCUGUCCUCCUGGCCAGGGAGUGCAACCUGAAGGCAACUUCAAAUUCGGCUUUGAGUGUGUUGACUGUGCCGUGGGGACCUUCUCUGGGGGCCAUGAGGGCCGCUGCAAACCUUGGGCAGACUGCGUCCAGCUUGGAUUUCCCACCCUGUUCCCCGGGAACAAGACGCACAAUGCUGUGUGCAGCCUGGGGCUGCCGCCCACUGAACCACCCAGCCUGCUGACCAUUGUCAUCCUCGCCCUGGCUGCCUGCAUCCUGGCCCUGACCGUGACCCAGCUGAGCCUGCACAUCUGUCAGCUGAGGAGGCAAAGAGUGUGGCCCGCAGGUCAGUUGUGCCUUGGGCAGGGGGGGGUCCCCUGCCUGCUUGCUGAUCGCAGCCCCUCUGCAGAGACCCAGCUCCUGGAGGCCCCGCCACCACCGCCCGAGGACGCCUGCAGUUGCCAGUUCCCUGAGGAGGAGCGGGGCGAGCGGCUGUCAGAAAACAAGGGCCACCAGGAGGACCUGUGGGUGUGAAGUGCGGAGGGCCCAUGCCAGGCUCUCCCUGGAGCUGGCCUAGGCUGGCCCUCAGGAGCAAGAGCUCUGGGCCCCGCGGUGGGGCCCCAGCUCCGGGCCCGGCCCUGCUCCCCUCGAUGGUGGAAGCAGGUGGGGGAUGGUGACAGUGACUGGUGCCCUGGAUCAUGCCGAAGAGGCAGCAGCUGUGGCUGGAUCCCGUGGAAGACCCAGAUGCACGGUGGCUGCCUCCCUCUCUUGCUGCCCCACUGGGGCCGCAUCUGUGGGCCCCUGGUUCCCAGGACAGGAGGCUAAGGACCUGGCUACAGGCAGCACUCAAUAAAAGCUUGUCCAAUGA